UGCGCGCCUCCCAUGUCCCACUGAUCUCCGAGAAAGGCUCCCGAGUUUGUAGAGAGUGCGGACAUGGCGAAAUCUUUGGUGACCCUUGAGAAAGGGACGGUCUGCUCGGCAUGGAACUACUGCGGUCAGAGAUUGGCCACUGGUUCCGGCGAUGGAACCCUAGCUGUAUUCGACUCGCAGGACCCAGCUUCUUCUUCUUCCUUUACCUGCACUUCCAAAUCUAGGGCACACGAGGACAGCAUUGUCAAGGUUGUUUGGGUUCCUCCAGAAUAUGGCGAUGCAGUAGCAUGCAUUUGCACUGAUGGAACUGUGUCAUUGUGGGAGGAGGUUAAAGAAGAUGCGCAACCUCCUCAAUGGAAGCUGUGCGAAAGCUUUAAAAGCAAUUCAGCUAAAGUGUUGGAUAUCCAAUUUGGAAUCUCUCUGAGAAGUCUGAAAAUGGUUGCUGCAUAUUCAGAUGGCCAUGUGAAAGUCUAUGAGCUCCUGGAUUGCUUGGAGCUGAAGAAUUGGCAACUUCAGGCUGAAUUUCAGAAUGUGAUUGAGUCAGUCUUUACAUUCAGCAAGGCUUUGUGCUUAUCUGCAUCUAUUUCUUGGAAACCACAAGGAGGGGAAAGCCAGGAAUCAAGUUUCGUUUUGGGUUUCAAUUCGGAUACACCACAACUUAAUUCCUCCAAGGUAUGGGAAUUUGACCCGGCCCACCAAAGAUGGCUUCCAGUUGCAGAGUUGGCGUUGCCUGGGGACAAAGGUGAUCAGGUUUAUGCUGUUGCAUGGGCACCAAACAUUGGCAGACCAUAUGAAGUAAUAGCUGUUGCAACUCACAAGGGAAUUUCAAUAUGGCAUCUUGGAUUGGACCCUGACCUAGAUGGAAGGCUCUCUGUGGAAAAAGUUGCUCUGCUCUCCAGUCAUAAAGGCGAGGUGUGGCAGAUGGAAUGGGACAUGAGUGGAAUGACCUUGGCAACCACCGGAAGUGAUGGGGCGGUGCGGUUGUGGCAGUCUAAUUUGAAUGGCGCUUGGAUGGAACAGGCUGCAUUUGAACCCACUUCUUAGCCCCACCAGUGUGUUAUCUUUGACUUCCUUCAUGUUGUAGUCGCUAUUUCCUGUAUUUAUUAUCAAGAAAUCAGUCCUGCCAACAAGAAACAGUUAAGAAAUCAGAAUUACAAAUCCAUGGUUUCCCUC